CAUAGAUCCACACUAACAUCGAUUAGCUAUCUUGAGCGUGCCAAUGACGAAAUGCUGGCUUGAACGAUUGGGCGACUUAAAACCCUUUCUAUGAGUUCACCUAUAGAUCAAUGUUGAGACCUUCUCUUCGCACAGCAACCUCCAGACUCUAUCAACCAGCAUUACACUCCAUCCGGCGCUCACCACCUCAUCAAUUCCGGUUCCUCACCAUGGCUCACAACCAAACAAUGUUCAAGCUCAACACGGGAGCCCAGAUCCCCGCCAUUGGCUUCGGAACCUGGCAGGAUGCCGAAGCUCAGGAACAAGCCGUUGUCACCGCCAUUAAGGCCGGCUACAGGCACAUCGACACUGCAUUCGUCUACGGCACCGAGGAGGCCGUAGGAAAGGGCAUCAAGAAGGCUGGAAUUCCGCGCGACCAGAUUUUCAUCACCACAAAGUUGUGGAAUAACGCGCAUCAUCCCGAGGAUGUUCCUAAGCAGCUCGAUGCGUCACUCAAGGCCCUGGGUGUGGACUACAUCGACCUCUGGCUCAUGCACUGGCCUUCGGCUUUCGCCCGCGGGGAUACGCUUUUUCCCAAGGACAAAGAUGGUAAACCGAUCACGGGCGAUACCGACUAUGUCGAUACAUACAAGGCGAUGGAGAAGUGCCUGAAAGAGGGCAAGGUGAAAGCCAUUGGUGUCUCCAACUUCAGCAAGGCGGAGAUGGAGCGCCUGCUUGAGAAAACUGAUGUGGUUCCCGCAGCACACGAGCUGGAACUGCACCCGUGGCUCCAGCAGACCUCCUUCACGGAAUGGCACAAGCAAAAGGGUAUCCACAUCAUUGCGUACUCUCCCUUCGGCAACCAGAAUCCAAUCUACGACAAGGGCAAGGACAUUGGAAAGCUGAUAGAUGACCCCACUCUCGUUGAGAUUGGCAAGAAGCACGGAAAGACGGGCGCGCAGGUCGCGCUGGCGUGGAAUAUUGCAAAGGGUCACUCGGUGCUGCCGAAGUCCAAGACCGAAUCGCGUAUUAAGGCGAACUUUGAGGGCGACUUUAAGCUGCCCGAGGAGGACGUUAAGAAAAUUGAUGGCAUCGAUAAGAAGCUUCGUUUCUGUGACCCGUCGGAGAGCUUUGGAUACAAAUACUAUACGGAUCUGGACGGAAAGGAGUAAGCGAUGGGACGUCUAGCUGACGAUAUUAGUCUAGACGCUUGAAGUGUCUUAAAGUAGGAUUCAAUGUCUGUUUAUGUUCAG